ACUCCGUGGGGGCUGCGGCGUCCGCGGGUGCGGAGACUGACGAUGGCGUCGACGUACUACCGCCGGCACUGCAGGCGCUGCCCGAUCACAUGCGGCGACUUGUCCUGGGUCGGCAUUCCAACACCCGAUCCACGGACAGAUCCAACAAGAUCGCCAUCUACGUGUGCGCGGCGGACUCGCAAGACUGCUGCGUGGAGAAGGGCGCCCUCCACCGCCACGUGUACCCGGAGCUGCGGGCAGCCUGCCGGGCUCGGGGCUACGAGCUGCACAUCGUGGACCUGCACUGGCGGACGCCGCUCGAGAAGCAGCAGGACCACCAGUUCCCCGAGCUGUGCCUCGGGGAGCUCGCGCGCCAGCAGGAGACGGCGUACGUCGUGCCGGUGCUGUUCCUCAACAUGUCCCUCGGCACGCCGCUGCUGCCGAACACCAUCGAGACGCAGGACUUCGAGAUGGCGCUCGGCAAGGCGGACGAUAAGACUCUCCUGAACAAGUGGUACUCGCUGGACUCGCACGCGCAGCCGCCGUGCUACCGGCUCAGGCCCACCACCUGUCACAUUCCGGGGCUCAGGGAGGACCGCGAGGGCGCGCUGUCCGAGUGGCAGGCAGAGAUCGAGCGCACGCUGGCCGUGCUGCAGUCCGUCCUGCCCACCGAGCUCAGAGACACGUACCUCAGCACCGCCCUGGAGCAGGAGGUGCACAACACCGUCUGCAUGUCCCAGGAGAUGGCCAGGCGCACGCUGUGGCUGCACCGCGUGUACACGCACCAGCCGCCCGCCGCGCCCGCCGCCGCGCCCUCCGCUCAGGAGACGGAGCUGCGGCGACGCCUCGACUCCAUCCACCAGAUCCUCAAGAGCCAGCUGGUGGAGAAGCACAUCUUGCGCCUGUCCGUCAAGUACUCGGACGGCGGGCUGCAGCCAGAGCUGCCCGAGCACGCGCAGUACGUCGCCGAGGUGACGGCGCAGCUCACCAACUCCCUGCGCGGCAUCGUGGAUGCCAUUAUCGACGAGGACAUGGCCAAGACGGUCGGCAAGCCCGGCUUCGGGCUCGACAAUAGACUGAUGCAAGAGCUGACGCAUCAGGCGAGCGUCUGCCAGCAGGCGUCCCAGUGCAGCGUGAACCGCGACUACAUCCUGUCUGAAAUCAAAAGCUACGUCGAGGGCGGAUCCCGCGCCCCGCUGGUCGUGACGGGGCCCCGGGGCUGCGGCAAGUCCACCCUGGUGGCGCGGGCGGCGCAGUGCUGCGCGUCCUGGGCGGGCUCGGCGGCCGCGGCGGGCUCCGGCUCCGGGCCGCCCCUGCUCGCGCUUCGCUUCUGCGGGGUCUCCGCCGACUCCAUGACCCUGGAGCGCGUGCUCGCCAGCAUCGGCCACCAGUGCCAGCUGCUGUGCGACGGCGGCCACUGCUGGGCGAGCCAUUCCGUGGACAGCUGGAAGCAGCAGCUGCCAGACCUGCUGGCGGGCGCGGCUGCUAAGCGCACCUUGGUCGUGAUGGUGGACGGCUUGGACCAGCUCAAGUCGUACGGCGCGCUCGUGACUGACUGGGUGCCCGCCGAGCUGCCCGUCAACGUGAAGCUCGUCGUCACGCUCUGGGAGGGCAGCCCGCUCCUGGGCGAACUCAAGGAGAAGUCGACCGUCAUCCAGAUGCCGAAGCUGGACCAGGCCGAGGCGGCCAGCAUCCUCAACGCGUGGGUGAUGCAGUACAACCACAGCGUGCCGAAGCGCGUCCAGGACUCGGUGCUGGCGUCGGUGCGCGACUGCACGCUGCCGCUGUACGCCAAGCUGCUGGCCUGGCAGACGUCCUGGGAGUGGGAGCAGGAGGUGACGCCGCGCGGCAACGUGGACGACCAACUCCACCACCUGCUCGACCAGCUCGAGGCCAUCCUGGGCAAGGAGCAGGUCGCGUACGGGGUGGCGCUCCUAUGCGUCGCCAAGUAUGGCGUCAGCGACUCGGAGAUGCUGGACCUCCUCGCCCACGACCCCAUCUUCCACUCGUCCUCCACGCACGUGGCCUGGGCGCCCGCCUGCCUGUUCUGGGCGCGGCUCAACAAGCUCCUGGCCCCCUUCCUGCAGUGGGUGAUGUGCGGCGACGAGCUGGUGCUGCAGUGGCGCGACGCUACGAUCCGCGCGGCCGUCGAGGCCCGUUACCUCGACAAGAACGCCAAGGCCAAGGCAGCCAAGGCCCUGCUUUUCUACUUCAAGGGGUCUUGGUGGUCGGAUCGGUCGCCAGCGCUCCUGGGCAGGCUGCAGCCCAUGCCCAACCUGGCGGACAAGUGCUACAACGCCCGUCGGCUGCAGGAGUUACCCUUCGUCUCCCACGCCGUCAACGGCUCCAUCAAGCAAGACUACCUGCUGGACCUGGCCUGGGUGUACGACAAGGUGUGCGGGGCGGACGUGUUCCAGGUGCUGGAGGACAUUGCGCUGGAGCGGUCCAACGACGCGGACGUGCAGUGGCUGGCGAAGGCCCUGCGGGAGGCGGCGCCGGCGCUGGCCUUCGACGGCCGCCAACUCCACUCGCAGCUAUUCCCAUAG